AAAACAAGACAUAUGUGUUAUAUUGCUCAAAGAACGUCUUAAAUUACAUAUUCCUUGUUUUGCUGUACGUAUGUCUCUGUCUGAUUGUAAGAGCUAGAAAGUUAAGGCAUUAUGAAAUCUAAGUAUAGUAUUUUACUACCAACUUAUAAUGAACGAGAAAAUUUGCCAAUAAUAAUAUGGAUGAUUGUGAAAUAUAUGACAGCCGAAGACUAUGAUUAUGAAAUUAUCAUCAUCGAUGACAGUAGCCCUGACGGAACUUUGGAUGCCGCUAAGAACCUGCAGGAAAUUUACGGAUCCGAUAAAAUAAUUCUGCGACCUAGAGAAAAGAAGCUGGGCUUAGGUACAGCUUAUAUACAUGGAAUAAAACAUGCGACUGGGGAUUUUAUCGUCAUAAUGGACGCAGAUCUUUCACAUCAUCCGAAAUAUAUUCCUGAUUUCAUCAAAAUGCAGCAAGAAAGGGAUUAUGAUCUCGUUUCUGGUACCCGUUAUAUCAAGAAUGGAGGAGUAAACGGUUGGGAUUUUAAGCGAAAACUAAUCAGCCGUGGAGCUAAUUAUCUUACUCAAGUACUUCUGCGUCCCGGUGCAUCCGAUUUGACUGGAAGUUUCAGGUUGUACAAAAAACAUGUUUUGCAAAAACUUGUGGAAUCUUGUGUUUCCAGAGGCUAUGUGUUUCAAAUGGAGAUGAUUGUAAGAGCUAGAAAGUUAGGGUUCACUAUUGGCGAAGUUCCAAUAACAUUUGUUGAUAGAUUGUAUGGAGAGUCAAAGUUAGGUGGAAAUGAAAUAUUUCAGUUUGUGAAAGGUUUAUUAUACUUAUUUGCGUUUAUAUAAAGUUCAUUGCAUUCUUUAAAGAAAAAAUUCUGCAUGUUUUUGGGCACAGCUUUAGUAUUAGUCCUUUUUGGCGAGAAAUUUGUUUGGCGACAUUUUGGAGCGAUAAAUGAAAAAUUAUGAUAACCUUGGUAACC